UGGGUUGCUAGUCUAUACAAGACUGAUAAAUUGGACUCAUUUGGAGAGGCAAGGGAGAUCUUCAAAUUUGAAAGAGCACAAGUGCGCAGACAGGCUCCCAACCUUCAGCAUCCUUUAAUUUGCAUUGAUGUUGUCAAAGCAGGCAUAAUUUCUGGACGUAGGGCUGGUUUGUGGAAGGAGUUUGAAUCUUUCCAAGAACUCGUGCGUUCUGACACCUGCAAGAGC